AUGACAAUGACUUCCGAUAAAAGCAUCAGAAAAAUAAAACUUGUUCGUAAUAACAUAAUUUCUUUAGAUUCAGUGAAUUCAAUGAAAUCCACGAUCAAGACAAUGUUACACGAGGCAGAGCAAGAAAGUCCUGACGGAGCACUUGAUGGUGCGAUUAAAGUCGUAACUUUAAUCGAUACAUGUAUUGAGAUCCUUAAAAGUAAAGGAUUUUAUUAUAAACAAACAAAUUCAUCGGGUCAACCAAUUAUACAUGAUUCAAUUACAAAUGAUUUUGCUAUUUUGGAUAUUCAAUGCGAUGAUAAUGAAUCUGGUGUUAAAAUAAGGAAUUCGAAUACUGAAAUCCAAAAUAAGGUUACAACGGGUAAAGGAAAUGGACGUUAUGAUCAUGUAAUUAAGAAUGGAUCCAAGAAAAUUUCGGUGCAAACUGACUCUAAACGAACUUUGGGAAGGUUAAAUAAUGUUUCAUCGGUUCAAACAAAAUCAAAACGAGUAUCAAAACAAGUUUUUGAUAGAAUCGAGAAAAUCGAGACUAAACCAAAUUCUAAACGAACUUCCAAAAAAGUUAAUACUCCAUUGGUCCCUAAACGAACUUCAAAAAAAGUUGAUGAUGGAGCUGUUAAAAUUCCAACGGCGAGAACACAUUCUAAACGACCUUCAAAUGAAGCCCAAUUAUCGAAAUCAAUUUCUAAGCCAAAUUUAAAAGAAAUUUUUGAUAGAGUUGAUAUUCCAAAAUUUUCAGAAAAGUCAAGUCACAUUCCGGAAUUUAUCUACCCUUUUUCAUUCAAGAAAGAUUUUAUCGAUACAGAAUUUCCCCAAGAACAAUCACCUAACGAAGAAUUUGAUAUUGCCAAAUUAGACCACAUGUUCGUUAACCCCUUUGCGGAAAUUUACGGCGAUGAUAAUAACGGUUUGAAUAUAAACGGGUCCGAAGUUGAAUCACCCUUUCGUGUCGAUGCUUCAGCAGUCAAUACGUCUAUUCCAUCUAGUAAUAUGCAAUUUUGUACAGAAAGUGAAACUGGACAUGUGCUCGAAAAUUCACUUUCUAAGUUUGGACCAUCACCUUUCUGGGCUGAUAUCAUGAAUUUUAAUAACAUAGGGAUUGACCCAUCAUCUGCGUCUUGCAAGGAAAUUCAGAAUCUCAUUAACGCUAACGAUUUUAAUAUUGAUAAUUUGACUAACAGCACAUUAAAUUUCAAUGAAAACGCUGCAAUUAAUAAUGCAAUUAAUUUUAAUAUGAACCAACCUGAAUUAGGGAAUGAAAAUAAUAUGGUUAACGCUAUGAAUGAUAUUGAUAACGUUUUUGCUUAUCAAAUGGAAACUUUUAUGGGAGCUUUAGCUUUGUCGGAUGAUAAUAAUACUUUUCCUAUGCUAAAUACGGGCGGAAAUAAUCUUUCUGAGGUGUUCAUGCCAACAAUUGUUCCUACCGAUACUAAUAAUUCUGAUCCUACAACAUCCGAUAACUUAAUGGAUAUCGACAUAAAUUCUUAUAUAAAUGACAUGAGUUAUAGUAUUGAUGAAUUUAAUACUGAUGGCAUUAUUCCUUCAGAACAUACUAUUGGAAUCGAUGCAUUAUUUCAUUAUGAUGGUGAUGUGGCAACAGGUUCAGGAUAUUCUGUGGAUUCUACGGUGGUUAAUAAGAAAAUUGCUCCUAAAACCAAGCGAAGAAAAAGAAGAACCCAUAUCCCACAAGCGGAUGAAUCCGCAAACCCUGAUGCUCCAAAAAUUCAAAAAAGUUUUGUUUUUAAGUCAGGGAAAGUUGGCAAAUCUGUAGCUGCGUUAGUAAAAGAUAUGCGUAAAGUGAUGGAACCUAAUACUGCUAUACGGCUAAAAGAACGCAAGAGAAAUAGACUAAAAGAUUUUGUAUCAAUAGCGGGCCCAUUAGGAGUUACCCAAUUCUUAAUAUUUACAUGUACAGAUAAUGGAACUAACCUCAGAUUGACAAGAACACCUAGGGGACCCACUUUAUGUUUCAAAGUAUUAAAAUAUUCAUUAAUUGGAGACGUUUUAGCGUCACAAAUAAAUCCAAAAAACCUUGGAAAAGAGUAUAAUAGUUCACCUUUGCUAGUUUUGAACAAUUUUGGAGAAGAGGAAAAGCAUAUGAAGUUGAUGAUAAAUAUGUUUCAGAAUAUGUUUCCUUCGAUUAAUGUUAAUAAGAUCCGAUUGUCAGAAGCACGUAGAGUUGUUCUUUUUAAUUAUAAUACCGAUACAAAGCACAUUGAUUUUAGGCAUUAUAAUAUUGAUCUGAAACCUGCUGGUUUAAGCAAAAGUGUGAGAAGAAUUGUUUCGACCAAUGUUCCUAACUUACAUAAAUAUAAUGAUAUAAGUGAAUAUGUAUUAAGGGAAGAACACGUCUCUGAGAGUGAGGUAGAAAGUGGUGUUGAGGCAACUGUCACUUUGGCACAAGAACUUAUUGGCAGUGAUAGUCGAAAAUCAGAUAAACGUGUUAUUAAAUUAAGAGAAAUAGGUCCUCGUAUGGAGUUGCUAUUAGUUAAAAUUCAGGCUGGAUUAUGCGACGGAGAAAUAUUAUAUCAUGAAUUUGUUCAUAAAACACCUGAAGAAAUCAAAAAGAUACAAAAUGAACGUGAACAACGGAAACAACUAGCUGCAUUAAGGAGAAUGGAACAGGAAAGGAAUGUUGAAAGAAAAAAAGCUGAAAAGGAGGCUCAUCGUCUCGCUACAAAUGGCGAAAAAAAAGGAAAACUAAUUAAGGAACAAGAACAAAUGUCGGAUAAUGAGGAAUCGGACGUUGAGGAAUCGGACAUUGAGGAAUCGGACAUUGAGGACAGCAUCAAAAAAGGGUUCCAAGAUGAUUCCGAAGAUCAGAGUGAUUCAGAGAAUGAUUCAGAGGAUCAGGAUGAUGAUGAUGAUGAUGAUAACUUAGAUGAUGAGUUUUCGGACCUAGAGAGUGAACGUGAUGACAUGGAUGACUAUUCGAAAGGUAUUGAAGAUAAUUUAUUUAAAGUUGAUGAUGAUGAUGAUGAUGAUAGGGAGGGUGAUAGUGGUAAUGAUAGUGAUGUAAAUUUGAAUUUGAGAGAUAGUGAAAAAUCUAACAAGAAUCAACGCCAAAAAAGAAAAUUCGAUUCUUUAAAAGGAAAGCCAAAAUUUUCUAUGAAAAUUGGAUCGAAUAAGAGGCGUAAAAAAUGA